AUGGCCAAGGAGGCGACAGAGGGUCAGGUGACCAGAAAGAGAGAGAAGAAGAAGACAGAGGAGGCAACAGAGCAAUUGAAGGAGAGAGAGGAGGCGACAGAGGGACAGGUGACCAGAAAGAGAGAGAAGGCGACAGAGCAAUUGAAGGAGAGCGAGGAGGCGACAGAGGGUCAGGUGACCAGAGAGAGAGAGAAGAAGGAGACAGAGGAGGUGACAGAGCAAUUGAAAGAGAGCGAGGAGGCGACAGAGGGUCAGGUGACCAGAGAGAGAGAGAAGAAGAAGGAGACAGAGGAGGCGACAAAGGUUUCGCCUCAAGCGUCUGUGUUUGCCUUGGGAGACUGUGAGCGCGACCGCGACCCCUCCCACUCUGUCGUUCCGAACGUGCCGUGUGCAAAGACGCGUCUUUCCCGCCCCCGCCACCCCCUCACAACAAAUCAAGCAUGGAGGAUCCCGAUAAAAAACGAGACGGCGGAGCGAGACGACAUUGUUUCUAAAAGGAGAAACAACGGUUCCAUCAUAUGGAAAUGGUUUGGUUUUAAAAAAAAAGAUGAGCAGCAGCUGCAGGUCAUCUGUAGGGAAUGCAACAAAACAGUUGCGUCCAAAAGUGGAAGCACGACCAAUCUUUUCCACCAUUUGCAGCAGCGGCACAAAGUGCAAUACGAGGAAUGUGUGAAACUCCGUGGCUGUGCUGCUGCUGCUGCAUCACCGACCGCGAAAGCAUCUUCUGCGGCUGCCCCAAAACAAUGUCUAUUGCAAGAAUCCUUCACUCGUGGUGAGCCAUAUGACAAGAAAACCGCAAAGUGGCGUGAGAUCACUAAAGCGGUAGCCUACCACAUUGCAAAAGACAUGGUCCCGGUCGCAACGGUCGCCCAGGAUGGUUUCAAAAAGUUGCUCCGAACAAUGGACCCAAGGUACAAUUUGCCAAAUCGAAACUAUUUCUCUGAAGAAGUGCUGCCAGAGAUGUACACCACUCUCAGGCAAAAGCUGACAGCCCGGCUCGCAACAGUAAAAUAUUUUGCGGUCACUACCGACAUGUGGUCCAGUAGGACCUGCGAGCCGUAUAUGUCAUUGACAGUUCAUUUUAUCGAGGACUGGAGAAUGGAGUCGGCGUGCCUCCAAACCAGCUACUUUCCUCAAGAUCACACCGGAGAGCACAUCGCUGAAGCCCUGCAGGAUGCCCUCUCAAGCUGGAAGCUGGAGGAAAAGCGGCUGGUGGCCAUAACCACCGACAACGGGAGCAACGUUGUUAAAGCGGCCCAACUGCUAAAAUGGCUGAGGAUGCAAUGCUUUGGUCACCGACUUCAUUUGGCCAUUGGACAUGGCAUGGAUGAUCACCGCAUCACAAGGUGCAUUGCGCUGUGCAAGAAAAUGGUCAGCAGCUUUUCCUAUAGCUGGAAACGGAGGAGAGAAUUGGCUGAGGUGCAGAUUCAGCUGGGUCUACCGACUCACCAGCUCAUCACAGAGUCAGCCACACGUUGGGGAUCGAGACAGCAGAUGAUCAGCAGGGUCCUGGAGCAAGAGGCAGCCCUCUCCAAAGUCCUGUUUGCUGACAAGAAGUCGAGACAUCUUGUCCUUAACUGGCAGGACGUAGAGGUCCUGCAGGCAGUCCAGAAAGUCCUGAAGCCCCUUCAUGACUUCACAGACGCUCUCUCCGGUGAAGAGUAUGUCACCCUCUCCUACGUCAGGCCUGUGCUACACCUCUUCAACUCAAGUCUCCUAAUAUGGGAAGAUGAUGAUAGUGAGCUGUGUAGGUCGAUCAAGACCAGAAUCUUGGAUUACCUUAAUGCCAAGUAUGCUGACCCAGACACAAGUGACCUUUUGGAUAUGGCAUCACUUGCGGAUCCACGUUUCAGGGUCCAAUACAUCCCAGGUGAAAGAGUUGAGGCACUGAAACACAGAGCUGUGUUGGAGGUGGAGGCCUUGCAGGCUGAUUUGGGCGGAGGUAAGCCGGACCCGGCUGGCCCUGUGCCAGAGGAACCAGGAAUGCCAACACCAUCCACAAAGAAGAAGUCACUGGCCAGCUUCUUCAAGCAGAGCACAGCCACCAACACCAGGCUGACACAGAGGGAGGCGAUUGAAAGUGAGCUUACAAGCUACUUACAGUCAGCUAUCAUCGACCACGACACAGAUCCUCUCCAAUGGUGGAAGAUGCAUGCCGAUAUUUUUCCAGCACUGAGCCUCCUGGCAAAAAAGUACCUUUGCGCACCAGCAACCAGUUCCCCUUCUGAAAGGGUUUUCAGUUGCAGCGGCAACAUUGUCAACUGUCACAGGGCAUCCCUGAAGCCUGAGGCGGUUGAUAGACUAGUUUUCCUUGCACAAAACCUGUAA